CAACAAGAGUAUUAGGAGGAGGAGGAGGUCGAACAGGAGUAGCAGAAGAAACAGCUGUGACACGUGGAUUAGAUAAUCGAGCUUUAAUGGAUUAUCAAGUACAUACAAAGAUUGUAGAAGAACAAGAUACGAAAUUGAAAUCCUUAACUGAAAUCUUACAAAGACAAAAGAUGAUUGGUAUGUUGAUUAAUAAUGAGUUGAUGGAACAAAAUGAAAUCUUGGAUGAAUUUGGAAAUGAAAUUGAUUCUACUACUAAGAAAUUGAAUGAAGCUAAAAAGAAAAUGAACAGAUUAGGUGCAUGAUCAAAUUGGUCUUUUAUUCAUCAUGAUGGAGUUUUUCUUUUAUUGAUUUUUAUUGAUUUUGGAUAUGCUUAAUGAUUGUAACUUUUUUUUAUCUUUGAUACUCUUUCUUUUUAAUACUAAUCGUAACUGCAUAUUGACCUGUUUCUUUUUUCAAGUUUUUGAUUUAAUUUUCACUUUUUACUUUUUAUCAUUUUGGAAUAUAUCAAUGUAUCUAUUCAAACUCUUUGAUUAUCUCUUAUACAUUAGAUCUCUUUUUCAAUUUGUUUUUUUUGGUAAUGUACAUUUUCAUUUAUUGAGUAUU